UGUUCUUACAUAAUUUCGAGGAGCAGGAGCAGGGAGGGACAGUGCCUGUGAUUCCAUCCACUUCACAGCUAUGGUGUGAUUUUGAAGAACUUGAUCAAUUGCUCCGUGGUGAUUCAGAUUAUGAGAUGCCUGAGUGGGUGGAGAAGACGGAGAGGGAGCUGCAUUGCCAUGAUAACAUGCUGGAUGACUGGAGGAAUAUUGUAAGGAACCAAAGUGAGAUAGCACCACUGUCAAUGCAGUACACAGUGGAGCAGGAAACCAAGGGUGGUGAAGAAAUCACCAGUAAGUCACAGUCCUGUGAGGCAUGUGUCACGAGCAAGGGCAUCUCUAGUCGCCUCCUGGAAGCUACCACCACAGAAGCAGCCGCAGCCGCUUCCCCCACCACCACGCCCACCCCUCAACAGCUCCACUCUGGUAUACAUGGUCAACCCUCCCUCCACCAACUGGCUCAGCACUGUGACAACAACCAACUCUGCAGGCUGCGGCUUUUGGGAAAGAAUAACAAGAAAUACAUAUAACAUUCCAGAUAUCACUUAUUCUUGCAAGGAAAGAAAGAACACUAGUUAUUCGUAAGCAGAGUUAGUACAUUUAUAAAUUAC